GGCUGGGAGCUGCAAGGCGGCGGCGGCGGAGGAGGAGGAAGAGGAGGGGGCGGCAGCGUGCGCCCGCGCUCCGACGCCCCCAGGCGGUGGGGCGGAGAAGAGCCGGAGGAUGGCUCCGAGCGCUGACCCCGGCAUGUCCAGGAUAUUACUGCUCCUGUGGUUUCUGCCCCUCACUGAUGGAUCCCAGAGGGCUGAACCCAUGUUCACUGCAGUCACCAACUCGAUUCUGCCCCCUGACUAUGACAGCAACCCCACCCAGCUCAACUAUGGUGUGGCAGUGACUGAUGUGGACCAUGACGGGGACUUUGAGAUCGUUGUGGCAGGGUACAACGGACCCAAUCUGGUUCUGAAGUACCACCGGGCCCAGAAGCGGCUGGUCAACAUUGCGGUAGAUGAGCGUAGCUCACCCUACUAUGCGCUGCGGGACCGCCAGGGCAAUGCCAUUGGGGUCACAGCCUGCGACAUCGACGGGGACGGUCGUGAGGAGAUCUACUUCCUCAACACUAAUAAUGCCUUCUCAGGUGUGGCCACGUACACAGACAAGCUGUUCAAGUUCCGCAAUAACCGGUGGGAAGACAUCCUGAGUGACGAAGUCAAUGUGGCCCGUGGUGUGGCCAGCCUGUUUGCCGGACGCUCGGUGGCCUGUGUGGAUAGGACGGGCUCUGGACGCUACUCCAUCUAUAUCGCCAACUAUGCCUACGGUAAUGUGGGACCCGAUGCCCUCAUUGAGAUGGACCCCGAGGCCAGCGACCUCUCCCGGGGCAUUCUGGCACUCAGAGACGUGGCUGCCGAGGCAGGGGUCAGCAAGUACACAGGGGGCCGGGGUGUCAGUGUGGGCCCCAUCCUCAGCAGCAGCGCCUCGGAUAUCUUCUGUGACAAUGAAAAUGGGCCAAACUUCCUCUUCCAUAACCAGGGAAACGGCACCUUUGUGGAUGCUGCGGCCAGUGCUGGCGUGGAUGACCCCCACCAGCAUGGGCGAGGGGUCGCCCUGGCCGACUUCAACCGUGAUGGCAAAGUAGACAUUGUCUAUGGCAACUGGAACGGCCCGCACCGCCUGUACCUGCAGAUGAGCACUCACGGGAAGGUCCGCUUCAGGGAUAUUGCCUCACCCAGGUUCGCAAUGCCAUCCCCUGUCCGCACCGUCAUUGCUGCUGACUUCGACAAUGACCAGGAGCUAGAGGUCUUCUUCAACAACAUCGCCUACCGCAGCUCCGCAGCCAACCGCCUCUUCCGUGUCAUCCGCAGGGAGCACGGAGACCCCCUCAUCGAGGAGCUCAAUCCUGGUGAUGCCUUGGAGCCUGAGGGCCGGGGCACAGGGGGCGUGGUAACCGACUUCGAUGGAGACGGGAUGCUAGACCUCAUCUUGUCACACGGGGAGUCCAUGGCUCAGCCACUGUCCGUCUUCCGGGGAAAUCAGGGCUUCAGCAACAACUGGUUGCGCGUGGUGCCACGCACGCGAUUUGGGGCCUUUGCCAGGGGUGCCAAAGUUGUGCUGUACACCAAGAAGAGUGGGGCGCACCUGCGGAUCAUUGACGGGGGCUCAGGCUACCUGUGUGAAAUGGAGCCCGUGGCACACUUUGGCCUGGGAAGGGAUGGAGCCAGCAGUGUGGAGGUGACAUGGCCAGAUGGCAAGAUGGUGAGCCGCAGUGUGGCCAGCGAGGAGAUGAACUCAGUGCUGGAGAUCCUUUACCCCCAGGAGGAGGACAGGCUUCAAGACCCCACGCCGCUGGAGUGCGGCCAAGGAUUCUCCCAGCAGGAAAAUGGCCAUUGCAUGGACACCAAUGAGUGCAUCCAGUUCCCCUUUGUGUGCCCUCGAGACAAGCCUGUGUGUGUCAACACCUACGGAAGCUACAGGUGCCGGACCAACAAGCGGUGCAGUCGAGGAUAUGAGCCCAAUGAGGAUGGCACAGCCUGCGUGGCUCAAGUGGCCUUUUUAGGUGGGUACUCGUCGGCUGCCCUUAGAGUCUCUGAACCUCUCUCGAGGGCCUCAUGUCUUUCUCUAGGCCUUGGACUUUGCCUUCAGUUAUAUGCACUUUAAAACCCAUCAAUAAAGAAAAACAAAACAACAACAACAAAAAAAAGCUAACAACCUUUGUGAAAACAAUAUCUUUCUCCUGCUGCCUGUCUCUCUCCAUGUCCAUCCAGUAGAUUCUGCUGUGUGCUCCCCUCUGAAUGGACAGCAGGGGUGGCCAUCUUUGAAAAGGGAAGUUUGGGAGAUACUGAUGCAGCCUUAGUUGCUUGUGAAGCCUUUCUUUGCAUGUUUUCUGAGAAAACAGAGAAGGAAAGUUACACCUGUACCCUAUGCAGCCUCCCUCACAUCUUCAGAAGACUCGAGAUAGUCCAGUCAUGUCAGUAUCGUUGUGAGCUAAUUUUACCCUUAACAAAGAUGGAUCCCAGGUGGUUGCUUGCUGGUUGAUUCAGUAAUGUAUCAUGUGCCUGCUGAUUUGGCCUGUGCUGUUGCUGCUUUGUGCACCCUGAUUUCCUGUGGUUACAAAAGCCUUAUUGGGGUUGGUGAUGAUGAUGGGAAGGGAAAGGGCAGCCCUUUGGGGCUGUUGAUAAAAAAAUGCUUAAGUUUGAA